AUGGAGCAACAACGUGAAAUACUGGAACAAUUGAAGAGAACUCUUCAAAUGCUAACUGUUGAGCCAUCCAAAAAUGAUCAAACCGUAAAUGAAAAUAAGGAAAAGAGGGAGAAGAGGCAAACCGGAAAUUCCUGGUGUGUACUGGAGGACAAUUACGAAGGCAUUGCACAGAAAUUUAUUGAGUUCAUUUACAAGAAUCCUACUACUUAUCAUGUCGUAUCAUUUUUCGCUGAGUUGUUAAAGGAGCAUGAUUUCAAGUAUUUGAGUGAGAAAUCCAAUUGGAAUGACUCCAUUGGUGAAAAUGGUGGGAAAUUUUACACUAUCAGAAAUGGGACCAACUUAUCUGCCUUCAUCUUGGGAAAGAACUGGAAGGCUGAAAAGGGUGUCGGUGUCAUUGGGUCCCAUGUGGACGCCUUGACCGUCAAAUUGAAACCCGUUUCCUUCAAAGAUACAUCUGAAGGUUACGGAAGAAUUGCUGUCGCUCCAUAUGGAGGCACUUUGAAUGAGCUAUGGCUAGACAGAGACCUGGGUAUUGGUGGUCGUCUUCUUUAUAAAAAGAAAGAUACUAAUGAAAUUAAAAGUGCCUUGAUUGAUUCUACACCCUUCCCCAUCUGCCGAAUUCCUUCUUUAGCCCCUCAUUUCGGUAAACCUGCUGAAGGCCCAUUUGAUAAAGAGGACCAAACUAUCCCAGUUAUCGGCUUCUCUGCCCCAGAUGAGGAGGGCAGUGAACCCCCUACCGAUGAUGAAAAAAAGUCACCCCUAUUCGGUAAACACUGCAUCCAUCUUUUAAGAUAUGUCGCCAAAUUAGCCGGCGUGGAAGUGUCCGAAUUGGUUCAAAUGGAUUUAGAUUUAUUUGAUGUUCAAAAAGGUACCAUUGGUGGAAUUGGCAAGCAUUUCCUUUUUGCGCCACGUUUAGAUGACAGAUUAUGUAGUUUUGCGGCAAUGAUUGCCUUGAUUUGCUACGCCAAAGAUGUUAACACUGAGGAUUCAGAAUCGUUCUGCACUGUAACUUUGUAUGACAAUGAAGAAAUCGGAUCGUUGACAAGACAAGGUGCAAAAGGUGGCCUACUGGAGUCGAUAGUAGAGCGUAGCUCUUCCGCAUUCACCAAGAAGCCAGUCGACCUACAUACCGUUUGGGCCAAUUCCAUCAUUCUAUCAGCAGACGUCAACCACUUGUACAACCCAAACUUCCCAGAAGUCUACUUGAAGAACCAUUCUCCAGUGCCUAACGUCGGAAUCACGUUAUCGCUGGAUCCAAAUGGUCACAUGGCUACAGAUGUCGUAGGAACUGCCCUGGUUGAAGAACUGGCACGCCGUAACGGAGACAAAGUGCAAUACUUCCAAAUCAAAAAUAAUUCAAGAUCAGGUGGCACCAUCGGCCCAUCGUUGGCCUCUCAAACCGGCGCCCGUACCAUAGACCUGGGUAUCGCGCAAUUGUCUAUGCACAGUAUCAGAGCUGCUACAGGGUCCAAGGAUGUUGGAUUGGGUGUCAAGUUCUUCAACGGCUUUUUCAAGCACUGGAGAUCUGUCUACGAUGAAUUCGGAGAAUUGUGA